AAUCUAAAAGGGGUGAAGCAAAGAAGUCAGCAGGGUUGUGAUCUGCUAAAACAGGUUCCCAAUAAUCACAUGGUGUAGAUUUCCGCUUUGACACAUUUGCUUUCAGCUGCACCGCGGGGACUGGGUCACACCACAUUCAACACAUGUAGAGUCACUGUACUGAAGCUGCUGCGGGAGGGCUACCCAACAUUGCUGUGAGCACCGAGUGCUCCAUUCCACCACCAAAGUGAUCCACCAUGAACUUCAGUGGGCUUCUGCGACAGGGCAGCAUGGACAGUUACAUAACGGAGGGCUCUAUCAGGAAGAAGGGGCGGCUGUGGAGUAGACACUCAAUGAAGGGAAAACUUGACAAACCCAGUCAGAAUGGAGAUACUACAAUCACAACCCUGCCAAGAGGCUGGAAACAGUCUAACAGAACUUCCUCCAACUCCUUAGUGGAUUACACUGAUCCUCAUAGGACUACUGUUAUGCUGAAAAAGCAAGACAAUGAGACGUUUGGAUUCGAAAUCCAGACCUAUGGUAUGCAGCCAAAGAACAGCACGUCAUUGGAGAUGUGCACGUUUGUGUGCAAGGUGCAGGAGGACAGCUCAGCUGAGACCGCGGGCCUGACCACUGGUGAUGUAAUCAUUGCCAUCAAUGGGGUCAGCAUUGAAGGAUCUGACCAUCAUCAGGUCGUCAACCUAAUUCGAGAAUCCACAAACCUUUUACACUUGGAGACGGUGUGUGGGACGGUGGUCAAGAGGAUCGAACUGGAAAAGAAGAUGAACUUGCUCAAGAAAACCCUGAGAGAGAAAUGGGUGGAGUUGCAGACACUCACAUUACAGGAAAAAAGCCUGACUCGAGGUAACCUGAAUGACAGUUCCCAGCAUCCCUCUAUGGAUUCCCUGAUGUCUCCACUAUUGUCGUCGGGACACGGUGGGCUCCGCAACCGCCGCUUCUCCAGUGACAGCAGCUGCCGCAGUGGGAUGACGGAGGACAGCGACCUGGCCAGUGUGUUUGGAGACAUGAGCUCUCCCAGCCCUUUUAGCGCAGCCAGCACGGACGACAACUGCUUCUUCUCAAGAGACUUUCCCCCGGAGGGGCCCGUGGGGCAUCAGGCCAGCCACGGCCGUAUGCGCAGCAGCAGCCUGGCCUCCAGCAACGACUCCCCCUCCUCCCCUUCCUGGGACCCCUCCAGAGCCUCAUCCCUGUUUGGGACCCUGCCCAGGAAGACCAGGAGAGGCAACGCGAGAAAAAACUUAUUGAAAUUCAUCCCCGGAUUCAACCAAUCGGUGGAGGAAGAAGACACCUGACACGUGCUGCGAACGAACACUAGAGUACGUCUGGGACGGAAGGUGACGUUCAGUACAAACACAUCCUGCUAAGACUGAGGAUGUCCUAAUAUGGCCACCACACCCCGUGGGCUCAGAUGUAGCCACAUACAGUAAUGUAUGCAUGAGCAUUAUCAGUAGGAGAAGCAUUAGGAGGAAGCGGGUGUUCUGGCUUUGAUAAAUUAUCAUCAGAUACUGUACACACAAUGGACAGCUGCCAUUUUCGGAGGACUUUAUUUAACUGUAAUGUAAAGAGAGCAUUAAUUCUAACCAUAACAGUUGUUUGUAUGAAAAGAUGCAGGAACUGAGUUCAUGUGUGCCGCAAAAACUGUGCUUGACAUUGCUUCAAAGUACAUUUUAAAGUAGUAAUAAUGACAGGAGAAAUGGGGAAAGAAUAAGCAUAAUCUUCCUCAGUUAACCAGUUUCUUUGUAUAUAACUUGAGACAUGUAUGCCUUGUGUAUUUUAUACGUGACACAAUGACAUAUUGGACAGCAACAGUCUAACAGUCUUUUUCACAUGAAAGGUGAGUUCAUAACCACUUACUUAGCUGCACAGUUCAAAACAGGAUGUGGGCAGAGGUGCUACAUCCUUCACUAUUUUUGCUCCCAUCGCCUCUUUCAGGUUAUCCACAACUGACUUUCAGUCUUGAUUAUUAUACUACACAUAACAAUUCUGUUCCCUCCAAUAGAUGACAGUUUUUAAAGACGUUCGUUGAGUGUCAUUGCAAUGUUUUUUUCUUUACGAAUGCUUAAUGUCUUUAUUUGCCGCUUAUAUUUGAACCAAGGCGCAUCUGUUUGAAAAUCCUUAAAGACAAGUGACUGUAAAAUGUUAUACUAAUAAAAGGUUGACUCUAAAUGGCCCUCUUG